AUGGCUUUUUUCCCUUUUGACCGAAGUUUUACUCACAUAGAGCUAGGAAACACAAAAAAGAAAGAAAUCAGACAAGGACUUCUUGGAUUUGAUGACAAGCGCCUGCAGCAUAAGAUUUGGUUUGGCAAUUUAGAUGAAGGAAAAAGUGGAGUGUCAAAUGCUUAUUCUGCAAUAUGUGCAGGCAUGGUGUCCGUGCUCGGUAUACGAGGUUUUUCUCACACAAUUUGGAUUCAGGAACAAGAGAAGGCACCGCACAAAAUAGCUAGAGUUUCUAGGAGAAUGAUCAAAGAGAGAUUUGACGAUGCAAGAUGGAUAGCCUGCACAGGUAGAGGUCAAAGACAGAGAGGAGUGGGCCAAUUGGUGAAGGCAUCUGAGAAGAAUAUGAAUAAAAAAUAUGGCCAAAAAUUUGGAUUUAUACUUGUACCAUGA